GGCUUAUUGGUGCAAGAUGUCUGCCUCCUGAGGUCAGCAGGGCUGGAGCGGCGAGAACACGGAUGACGCAGUGAACGGACCAGGUACGCAGCCAAUCGCACGCCUCUCAGGUCGAUGGUAUGCUUUCCCUUCAGAGACUCAGAUACCUUAUGCCAGCGGCCGUGCGAGGGUUAAUCCGAUACAACAAAGUUAACCUGACAAAUACAUCGGGGAUGUCUUCAGGCUACACUCAAGCCAACGUGGUGAUCAUACACAAAUCCCUCGCGGACGACUUUGAGAAAUUCUGCCAGGCCAAUCAUGGCCCCCUCCCGUUAUUAUACCGGAGUGCUCCAGGGGAGUGGAAGUGCCCUCCGCUGAGCAAGGACUCCGAUAUACGCACAGACUGUCUGCAGUACAGGAGGUACCUACACGGAGUCUUCUCCGGGAGCCUGAACACCCUGGAGAGUUAUUCUGAGCAGCUGAAGGACAUGGUGACCUUCUACCUGGGCUGCAGCUUCUCCUUCGAGAGCGCAGUAGAGAGAUUUGGAGUCCCGGUGAGGAACGUAGAGCAGCAGCGCAACGUCAGCAUGUAUUCGACAGACGUCCGCUGCUCGUCCGUUGGCGACUUCUCUUGCAAUCUUGUGGUCACCAUGAGACCGAUUCCACUGGACAAACUGGAUGCGGCGGUAAAGGCAACCCAACCGCUGACACAUUGCCACGGAGCCCCUGUUCACAUCGGCUGCCCAGGCUUUCUCGGGAUACGUGAUCUCCAGAAAACAGAUUUUGGGGACCCGGUACGGUUUCAUCCGGACGAUGUCCCUGUGUUCUGGGCGUGCGGCGUCACCGGCGUGGAGGCUGUUAGUAGCUGCAAGUCGCCCCUGGCCUUCACUCACUCUCCCGGCUGCAUGUUUGUCACGGAUGUGAAAAGCGAGGGCGCUCCGGUUACUCGGCCCGAGGAAGUCCCGGAGGUUUUCCGGAUCUCCUGUGACCCCGCGCACUUCAGCUUGGUAUCGCAGCGGGCAGCGCAGAGAAUCCGGGCCUUGGAGGGAAUCAUCGGCGUAGAUCCAGGCGAUCGGGGGAUAAAGCAUCUUCUGAUCCCGGAGGAGCUGCUGAAGUCCAGCCUCUCGCUGUCUCACGCCAAAUCCGUCCUUAUAACCACCGGGUUUCCCACUCACUUUCAGCACGACCCGCCGGAGGAAACCGACGGCCCUCCCGGCGCCAUCGCUAUGGCCGCCAUGCUGCAGGCCCUGGGGAAACGCGUUGCCAUUGUGACAGAUGAGCGUGCCAUUGAUCUGAACAAAAACAUUCUCGACCGUGCGGUUCAGCAGGGAGUGUUACAAUCCCCGGUGCCUCUGUUAUGUUACAAAGAGGAGUCUGCGGAGUCGCCUGUGAGAUUCCUGUGCGAGGACGGAGAUCCCGAGAAGCCGAGGUACGAUCACCUGGUGGCUAUUGAACGGGCAGGACGGGCAAGCGACGGUAACUAUUACAACGCCAGGAAAAUUAACAUCAAGCAUUUGGUGGAUCCCAUUGAUAAUCUGUUCCUGGCUGCCCAGCGUAUCCGAGGCAUCGCGACAACAGGUAUCGGAGACGGUGGGAAUGAACUGGGGAUGGGCAAAGUAAAAGAAGCGGUGAAGGAACACAUUACAAAUGGCGACACCAUCGCCUGCGACGUGGCUGCAGACUUUGCAAUUAUUGCAGGGGUCUCUAACUGGGGAGGAUACGCCGUAUCGUGUGCUUUGUACCUCCUAAAUACCUGUGGGAUUCACGAGCGCUAUCUGAGGAAGGCAGUGGGAUUCCCCAGGACUGCAGGGGCCGAGGUCUGGACUGCUGCGCUUCCUACCAUCGAUAAGGAAGAGAAGCUGCUGAAAGUCCUCGUGGAUCAGGGAGUGCGCAGCGGGAAGACCGGGAACCUCGCCAUGGAAGUCGACGGGCUUCCGUUUCAUAACACGCAUUCCGAGAUGAUCCAGAAACUUCUCGAGGUCACGAUGUAACGCCAUUCCUGCCCGGAAAUUCUGCGCAUCGGCGUCCCAAAUUACCGUGUGAUUCAAUGAAAAUCAUAAAAAAAAAUGAAUAUAAUCAAGCGAAAGGGCUGGCCGCACGUAACAAUUAUUUACUGAUUCACAACCCCGUCUGUAUAAUCAGCUGAAAAUAAUAUAUAUCACAGUUUUGGGGUCCAUAGCAUAAAAAAGGCUAUUUAUCUGAAAUCGAUUGCUUUGUCCUGAGACUCGUAGAAAGAUGAUAUCCCUGGCUCGACAGAAUAUACAGAUUUUCUUGCCGGAUGGGGCCCUGCUACACUUGCUAAUAACCCCCCUGGGCUGCUCUGGUUUCAACAAUAUCGCCCCAUUCCCUCACCUGCUUUUCCACAGAUGGGCUCUACAGACUAAAGCAGAGCCUGGCCGGGUUCGAUUGGUGCUCUAUGGGAUAGAUAUCCAGAUGCCCCGGAUCCUU